AUGACGACCUUCGAAUCCCACGAUUUCACCCUCUUCCCUCAAUCCAGGAAGAUGGCCGAAGCUAGAGUUAAACAAUCUUACUACGACCCCAUGACCUUGGACCCGGGCAUGUUCUCCUUCCCCGUGGAUACUCUAGCCCAGUACGGACAAACCGAUCUGUCCCGUCUCCACCAUUCCUACUACGAUAACCAGUCCCUUUUCGAUUCCACACAGCUCCAAAAGACCGCCCAUUUCUCUUCUUUGCCCACUACACCUCCUUCAGUUUCCGCUUCCCAUUCCGCCGAACACCAUAUCCCCACUGGCUCUGCCGCCUCGGGCCCUUCCAUUGCCAGUGCUUCUUCAUCGGCGAUGGGCUCGCCAUACUCUGGUACUGCUCAAAAUUUCCACGAGAACUGGGUGAACACCAAUCACGGAUUGGGUUUACCAGCCGCCGUCAUGGGUGAUAUAUUCCCAAAUGAGUACAUGGGAAGCGCGAUGGAUAUGGACAUACUCUACCAGGAAAAGUUUCCGGACCCAUACGUCGAUCCCUCAUUGAUCCAGCCAGUGCACCAAGGACAUGGUGUGCCUGCUACUAUGCCAUACCCCGAACAGCCUACCUCUUCUUUCAACGUGCCACCAAUCUAUCUCCCAAACUCUCCCGCCCAUUCUCCUGUAUCCUAUAAUGAUAUCCCAGAGCGCUCACCGCGCUCACACCCAGUGCAACACGCUGAUCACUCCCCUCUUAUGGUUCCCCAACCCUCAAACUCACGACCCGUCUCGGUCCAUGACCGACGAUCUUCUGUUUCAUCCAUCCAAUCGCAGCACUCACAGCCCAGCCCAGCGCUGAGCAGUGUGGAAGCGGACGAAGACAUUAAAGAAAAAGGGCGAUGCCCACACCCUGAAUGUGGCCGAGUCUUCAAGGACUUGAAGGCGCACAUGUUGACACAUAUGUCGGAGCGUCCCGAGAAGUGCCCCAUCAUGACUUGCGAGUAUCACAUCAAGGGCUUCGCCCGCAAAUACGACAAGAACCGUCACACCCUGACCCACUACAAGGGGACCAUGGUGUGUGGCUUCUGCCCAGGCUCCGGAUCCCCCGCCGAGAAGAGCUUCAACCGCGCCGAUGUCUUCAAGCGUCACUUGACCGCCGUCCACGGUGUCGAGCAAACACCUCCCAACUGCCGCAAGCGCAGCCCUGGCGCUCCCAAGAAGGGCACAAACUACAGUCCCGAUGCAACUGGAAAGUGUUCGACUUGCUCAGUCACCUUCAGCAACGCCCAGGACUUCUACGAGCACUUGGACGACUGUGUUCUCCGCGUGGUUCAGCAGGAAGAGCCGUCGGAAGCAAUCAACCAGCAGCAUUUAGCAGAAGUCGCAUCUGACGAAGAAGUCAAGAAGACCAUGGAAAAGCACCAGCUUCUCGACACCCCCGAAUACGACGAUUACGAAGACCUCGAUGAAGACGAGUUGGACGCCGCAAGUUGGCGCGGCGUCAAGAAGUCCAGGAGUGGUAUUCCAGCCUCACGUCCAAUCAUUGGCACCGGCAACGCGAUCUCGAAGAAUAAGGCGCCCCGACCUGUCGCUACCCGUCGGCGCAACAACCGCGGCAACUACCCCAACUCCUGGGGCUGCCCCAGCAGCAGCAUGAAGACCAAAAAGCGUGUUCUCUGCGUCUUCGAUGGCCCGCGCCGCCUUUGGAAAGACGAAAUGAUGCUCAACAACGAGUUCGAAGUCCGUCUGCCCCUACCCGCUGGCCCCGACAGCGCCAACCGCGAUGCCUACAUCACCGACCUGGACGUCGAAACCCUCAAGCGUGCCGAAGGUGUUCUAAAUGCAUCUGACGAGGAGCGCGGGCCUUGGCUGAGCGGUCCUCUUCCUCACAUCAUGGGUCAACCGGCCAUGUUGUUGCCGGAAUUGACCCACCAUGAUGAUGAAGUUUCAAUCAACGAAUUAAUGGCCUGA